CCUGCGCGUUGGUAUCUAACCCGGUUCGGAACGAAGGACCGAAGAACUACGUAAGGGGCGCCGCUCUACGUGUACCCUUUCGGCGCCUGCGCGUUCUGUUGCCGGCAAGUGGGAGAGGGCUACUGUCGCCUCUUUUCCCCUCCUGUCCCUUAGCGCCGCCCGGACAUCGUGCUGGUCGCUGGCACCAUGAAGAUUUGGACGUCAGAGCACGUUUUUGAUCACCCAUGGGAAACAGUUACGACAGCUGCUAUGCAGAAAUAUCCAAAUCCUAUGAAUCCAAGUGUGGUUGGAGUUGAUGUGUUAGACAGACAUAUAGAUCCCACUGGGAAAUUGCAUAGCCAUAGACUUCUCAGCACAGAGUGGGGAAUGCCUUCUAUUGUAAAAUCACUUAUUGGUGCAGCAAGAACCAAAACAUAUGUGCAGGAACAUUCUGUAGUUGAUCCCAUAGAGAAAACAAUGGAGCUUAAAUCCACUAACAUUUCAUUUACAAAUAUGGUUUCAGUAGAUGAGAGACUUGUAUAUAAACCACAUCCUCAAGAACCAGGAAAGACCAUUUUGACUCAAGAAGCCAUAAUCACCGUAAAAGGAGUAAGCCUUAGUAGUUAUCUAGAAGGACUGAUGGAAAGUACAAUAUCAUCUAAUGCUAAUAAAGGCCGUGAAGCAAUGGAAUGGGUAAUUAACAAAUUAAAUGCUGAGAUUGAAGAGUUGACUGCUUCAGCAAGAGGAAGCAUGAGGACACCUAUGGCCGCAGCAGCGUUUGUAGAGAAAUGAUAAUGGCUAUUUAUCUAAAACAUAGGCCCACCAGGGUCUCUCUGGGCUCUUAUAUUUAUUCAUAUUUGGUAUUUAAGAGGCAAAUCUGUAUAUUAGAUAGGUAUUCAAAUAGCUUAGAGAAGGCUUCAAUUUUUGAUGGAAAAGGGGGAAGGUACAGGGCUUCCCAACAUAUGGGAUCAACUGGAAUUAACAUUACAUGAAAAUACCAUGCAAUAUCAAGUUUGCAAUAUUUGAAGAUGUAAGGAUAUUUCAAAUGGAUACUUUGACCAGAAACUGGCAUGUUGAAUCUCCGUAAGGUUGAAUUUUAUAGCAUUCAUGAGACUCUACCUGGUUUUGGACCAACUCCAAAAUGAAGCAGAGCUACUUUUUCUAACAUGAUUGCCCAAGCAGUUUUCAUGUUUUAAUAACUUUCUUUGGAAAGAAGAAAAGCAUAUUACUUGAAAUCCCAAUGUAAGCCUUUUAUUUGUACAAAAGUAACUGGCUUUGAAAAACUAUGGCAUUCUGAAUUGGUACUUAAGUGAUAUUUUUGUAAUGAACACUAUCAUUAAAGUGAUAUAACUCCCAAUGUUAACUUGAUUGCAUUAUAUUAGAAAAUACUGUUUUGACUUGCCAAAUUUUUUAAUAUAAUAUAGACAUGAUCUAUCUUGAUUUUGCAUUUGUAGAAAUGUAUAUGAUUUAAGAUGCUGAAUUGUGGGCAUGUGAUGUUCACUUUGAAAUUUGAAGAGGAGCCAAAAUAAAAAAUAAAGUUAUUGCCUGAAUUUAAGAACAUCAUAAAAUUUAAACUAACACCUUAUUUGCAUCUUUUAAGCAUUUCAUAUGAUGCUUAACUACACAAAAAUUGCCACAUGACUGAAUCAUGCAUCAAUAAUUGCUAUAGCAUGAUAUGUCAAAUUAUUUAAUUAUAAAAUAAUUAAUUGCAUCUUUUUAUUGUACUUACUCACCACAGUCUUUUUUUUUUUUUUUUUUUUUUACAAUGCAUAUCCGUGGAUCAUUUGAUUUAAUUUCCAGUCUUAUUUUCGAUAUAAAUCUUAGUUCUUUAGCUCUCUAUAAUCCUAUGGUGUUGCUGCCAAAAGAAGGAAUUUAACCACAGCUAACCACUAAGGAAAAUUGCACUGAAGCUUUUAUUUAUGAGAAGUCCUUACUUUUGGUACCAGAGGGCCAACUGGAAUAUCAAAGAGCUAUUCCAGAAAAUGUUAUAUUUUGUUUAAUAUUUCAAAGCAGAUAAUUGUUAACUGCUAAACAGUAUUUUCUGAUUCUUGUAAUUAUUUCUAUAAUACUGAAGUUACAUAUGGGGUAUUUUAAAAGGCAGUUAUAUCUUGCCUUUACCUAUGCUUAACAUAAGUGAGAACUUCUGUAAAGGUUUGCUACAUUGUAAAGGUUUCCUAUAGAAAAAAACUAGUGUGUGUAUGUACAUAAGCCACAGAAAUGAAUUUACCAAACUAUUUAAAAAAUGAGUAUUUUUUCUAUUUAAAAUAUUGUUUAGCUUGAGACUUUAUUAGUACAUUUGUAAAAACAACUCUCAGAUCCAUUAAGGUUUGUGAUUAUUUUUUGUAAAGGAGAAUGUUUUUACAACUGAAAUGAUAUUUCAGCUAAACAAAAUAUAGUAAAUGUUAAUACUUAAUAAAAGUUGGCUGUGUAAGUUGUACUUGUUCGGAAAAAGGCGCAAUGCCCUGAGGAUAAAAUAUUUCUAAACAAGG